AUGGGCGCAUCACUGCAGAACCCUACAGAGGCGCCAUUUCGGUGGUGGGUGCGCUGUAAGCUGCUCGUUGUAGACAGGUUACCAAUCACGCCGUCUCCAGGGCUUCCAACAGCUGACGGAAGAUUAGAAAGCGACGUUCCAGUUUUUCACAGUGCCAAAUGUUCCGCGCGAGAAUCGCAGGCUGAGUAUCAUAACCCGUUACGGUUCCACAAAACAAAAUCUGUUCGUCCUGGUCCAGCAAAGCAACGAACAUUGCCUGGUGAAUUUCAUCAUAGUAUCUCAGAAAAUUACUAUUACAAUAGACAACACGAUGCAGUUCAAGUGAACAAAAGACAAUCUUUGUUAGGUUAUCCAGCGCCUACACCGGGUUUUGGAUUUGAGUGGAAGCGAACACGUGAUGAAGAGCUUCAGACAGAAAGAGAAGACCCAGAACUGUCUCGCCUGGUACGUUUCGAUAGAUUUGCAGCCAGCAAAUAA